GAGCUGUCGCCGAGCGCACCAUGCGGGCUGUCAUCGCCUUGGCCGCGGCGCUGGGCAGCCUGCUGCUGGCCGCCUGCCUCCUGCGCCUGGGCGGCGAGCGGCCGCUCCGCGCCAGGGGCUUGGAGGAGGAGGCAGAAGGAGCGCCCGGCACGCCGAAAGUGGUGCGAGCCCUCAGAGCCCCCCCGCCGCCCUUUCCUCGCACCGGGAACAGAACAACUGCUAAUAAAAAUGGAAUUUACCAGUUUGAACAGGCUUCAAAGUGUAAGGCGAUUCAGGACAAUAUUUUAUCAUCAUCAAUCAAGAAGAAAAGAUAUUCAGAAGAUUAUUAUCUUCACAUAGUCAAAAAGCUACAGAACUGCACGUGGAUAAGGAGACCAGAAGAAUCUGCAAAAUUCAGGUCAGAGUUGGCUUCCUGCUGUGAUGCAGCUCACAAUUUUAUUGCUUCUCAAAACAACACCCCACUGGGAAGUAACAUGAGUUAUGAAGUGGACAGUAAAAAGACCAUCCUUAUUACAGAGGACAUUUAUAGGAUGCUGCCUGUGUCCCCUCCUCUCUCGGUUUAUCCCUUCAAGAACUGUGCAGUGGUUGGAAAUGGAGGCAUUCUGAAAAAUUCCAGCUGUGGAGCUGAAAUCGAUCGUUCUGACUUUGUGUUUAGGUGUAACCUCCCUCCAACUACAGGAAGCAUUAGCAAAGAUGUUGGCAAUAAAACAAACCUUGUGACUGUUAAUCCAAGUAUCAUAGCUCAGAAAUACAACAAACUAAACGAAAAGAAGACAGAAUUUGUGGAGAACAUCGCAGUCUAUGGAGAUGCUUUCCUUUUAUUACCAGCCUUUUCCUUCAGAAGCAACACAGCCACUUCUUUUAAAGUCUAUCACACUCUGCAAGAGUUCAAAGCAACCCAAAGGGCAAUAUUUUUUCACCCCACCUAUCUGAAAAGUCUUGCCCAGUUCUGGAGAACUAAGGGUGUGAAAGCCUAUCGUUUGUCAUCUGGUUUUAUGAUCACUAGUGCUGCUGUUGAGCUGUGUGAGAAUGUGAAGCUUUAUGGCUUCUGGCCUUUCUCAAAAUCCACAGAGAAGAUGCCAAUCAGCCACCACUAUUAUGACAACCAGCUGCCUAAACCAGGUUUCCAUGCAAUGCCCAAAGAAUACAACCAGAUCCUUCAGCUUCAUGGCAAAGGCAUUUUGAAGUUGCAGUUUGGUAAAUGUGAAUCAGACUAAAAAGGGUGAUGAUGCUAAGGAGACAAUUUGUGUAUCUCAGCAGCUUGGUGUUGGAUUUGAUCCGAUGUGAUUUCGUGAGCAUUAAACUGCAUUAUUACAAUAGAGAAAUAUUUUACACUUGGGGAGAAAAGAAAGUGAUUUUUCACACGCUGA